AUGAUCAAACUGUCCAAUUUACGUGGCUUGAUAAGCAAAUUGAGUCUUCGAAACCACCAAAUUCCUCUGGACGCCUACAGUUCUGAGAGAAUUCCUUCAAACAGCACAAUGUCGAAUAUUGAAGGAGAACUUCAGCUAGACAAAUCGAUACCCUGGGGCAGCAUUAUCUUCAGCAUCCUUUUCUGUCUCUUUUUCCUGCUGACUAUCCUUCGCUGGACCGAUCUCCAGCUCAGCAUUUUCUGUGGUUUCAUCAACAGCGGCCGAUGGCGAGCAUACUUUGGAAUGGAAGUACCUAGACGAAAUGGCCAGAGCAGCCUCAAAAAGGUCGGACUUGGGGAUAGCGCUCUGAUGGUCAAGGGGGUGGUGAAAAAAGUUCGGUUUUACGACGAUACGACUGUUGUUGAAGACAUUAAGCGGGUGGAAGCAAAGAGCAAUGGAGUCGACUAUGCUGAUCAUGGUGAAGCAAAGCGAGAAUGA